AUGGCGGGACGGGCCGCGAUGCGAACCCCGGAACCGCCCGACCGCGACGAACAUGGGGAUUCACCACCGCGACUGUCGAGACCGAAACGCACCACCAGACCUCCGAAUAACUAUGCUCGAGAGCAAGAAGUCGACAACGAACAGCGGAAGACACGGUGUCAACAAAAGAUUAGAACCCAAAUCGAACCAGAAGCCCAACGCGACGCGACAACUUCGGAUGACUCCUCGACCGAGAGUGAUGACCUGAGUACUGCCAAUCUCGUGAAAGAGCUCGUUAAACUCAGAGAAGAAAUCCGACAGCGAGAUGAGUUGCAUAGAGAAGAGCUCCAUAAGGUCCAGGAAGACUUUCAGAAAGCCAAGGUAGAAUUUGGCGCCGCUCUUGCAGGGGUUCGACACGAGCUACAGGCCCUGACAGAUAGCCCCCCGACACCGCUCUCCCACUCCAAAGUAUGCGCCCAGAACAGCCACGAUGGGAUCCUUCGCGAAAUCCAAUCCCUGCGUGAUGCAAUCAGCCUUUCCGUUCCCUCCGGUUCCCCGUCCUAUGCAAAUGUUGCCCGUACUCCUCCACUCAGUCACCCGAGCAACAUACGAACUCUCUCAACGUCGAACACAACACCAGCCACGUUCACUGACACUUUAUAUGGCAGAAAACGAAAACGAGAGGAUAUCCGCAGGUCCAAUCCGGGCGGCGGUUGA